AUGGCUACAAAUCUUGUCCUUAAAGUUUUUAUUCGUAAACUUGAGAAGACUAUCAGGGACUUCUGGUGGGGGCACUCGAGAGAUACAAGGAAAUUACAUCAUAUUAAGUGGGACUGGUUUUUGAUAAGUAAGGAACAAGGUGGUCUUGGUUUAAGGUCUCUGGAGCAUAUUAAUUUGGCUUUAGUGGCCAAGCUAGCUUGGAGAUGCUCUGAUGAUCCGCCAUACUCUACUAAGCAGUGCAUUUUAUCCUGGUUUAACGCCAACGAUGGUGGUUAUUCUUUUUGUCUUGGUUCUUGCCUUCUCUGGGCAAUUUGGAAGGCUAGAAAUAAGCUUCAUUUUGAAAAGAUCAAGCCUCAUAUCCCCACUGUUAUCAAUGACGUUGUUUACUGGUUCUCCAUUUAUUAUUUUGCAGAGGAUGAUGUCGGUAUCUCUUCUCAGUCUGCUCGCAUCGUCGUUAACAACCCUGUGCAACAAGUAUGGUAUGCACCACCUGAAGGUACUGUUAAGAUUAAUGUGGACGUUGUUGUGGGUUUGCAGAAAAUUUCUGCUGCAGCUAUUGCCAGAAAUCAUGUUGGUCAGUUCCUUGCAGCUUCUACAAAGAUUUCAGACCAUUCUUCCCCCAUGGUGGCUGAAGCUAAGAGUUUUCUCCUAGGUCUGAAGCUUGCACGGAUCAUUCAACUUCAAGACGUCAUAAUUGAAGGUGACUGUCUAAAUAUGGUCAACAUUGUCGAUGGUAGUUCUUCUUUUACGCCCUGGAGAGUCAGGUUUUUGGUGGAAGAGAUUAUCAAAUUGGCAGGCUAA